AUGGCCAACUCGUUCAAGCGCUUCCUGACCAUAUUCGGCUACAAGCUGGACCGAGACGUCGAGGGAGUUCGGGCCCCGGACGAUCUAAAACCUUUGAAGGGAGCGCCGAAGAUCGAACCAUCGACGAUCGAAGAAGCUCGCGAAAAACCAUCUACUGCUGACGAGAACAACGUGGCAGCCGUCACCCGACCUGGAGCGACGACUCAGGCCAGCCGCGGUCAUUCGAAGCGCGCCGACGCCGCCAUCGCGACCCUAGAUUCGAGUUCUGGUGCCUCUACCAGCGAUGAGUACACGUCUGCAGACCAGGACCAUUCCAACUUGGCAAGAAAUAUUGCCGCUUAUGGUUACGAGCCUUCCGCGUCAAGCGACGAAGAGGACCAGGUGGCCGUGGACGUGCCGGUCAGGCAGCCCGGGCCAGCAACAUGGUGCUCCUGCGGUCACCGCUGCGGCGACAUGCCUACAGAAAGAGAGAGGGUCUGUUGCACAGAGCUACAAAAGGUGGCGAACACAGCUGAGAGUUACGAAUGCAUUGCUAAGCACCCGCUCUUUGAAUUGUAUUGCCUCAACAGGCAUAUACUCGACGUGGAGUAUCUCAAACUGAAGCAUUACUUCCCAUACCAGCUUGGAAAACGCACCUUGAAAGAGUAA